AUGGCUACAUCCACUACGGCAAGUUGGGCCGAUUUAUGGGAUCAGAUAGACAUUUUGGCUUCUCAUACGCAAAAGGGUAUUGAAAGUUUGGAGAAAUAUGGAAUGUUUCUGAAAGAAAGAGCAGCGAUUGAAGAUGAAUACGCGGCCAGAUUAAGAGCUUUGGUAAAAAAGAAUUUGGGGAAGAAAAGAGAAGAUGAAGAGUUAACCAAAGCUUAUACAUUUAUCAGUUCGUUUCAUUCCAUUCUGCAUGAAGUUGAAAGUCUUGCCGGUCAACACGAGGUUAUUGCGGAAGGUCUGCGGAAGGAUAUUCACCCGGCCUUAUUAACAAAGUGUGCUGCACUUCGCGCAGCUCGCAAAAAUCAUCUAAAUGAGCUGCAUAUUAUUAAUGGUGUCCUUAAUGCUUCCAUUGAUAAUAUGUUCAAAUUUCAAAAGAAUUAUUGCAAGACAUUCAAAGAUGCUGAAGUGGCUCAUUUAAAGUACGAUAAGGCUGAAAAGAAUAUGGACCUUUCACGGGCAGACCUGGAAAGAGCCAAAAAUAACGCGAUGCAAAGGACACAAAUAUGUGAAGAUGCGAAACAAAAUUAUGCACACGCAUUGCAGGCUGCCAAUCAACAGCAGCAUCAACACUACAGUCAACUGUUACCACAGAUACUGGAGCGUUUGAGAACAGUCGAUGAGGAGCGAAUAAGCGAAACUAAAUCAUUGAUGUUGCAAAGUAUUGAAGCGGAGACUAAGGUGAUGAAUAUAAUCCAACGAUGCUACGAUGAUAUGAAAAAAGCUGCUCAGUUAAUAUCGCCUUUGAACGAUAGUGCUAGUGUUGUUGAGCAUUACAGAUCGGGCUAUGCACAUCCUCAGCCGUUCACUUUCGAAGAUUUCGGAUCUCCGUCAGCAAUUAUUACCAGUGAAGGUACAAGUAGUGUGGAGACAAUGAAACGGCCAACAAAAAAUGGUUCGAUGGUACGAAUCAAUCGAAAACCUAGUAUGGGACUUUUUCGAGGCAAUAAUCAUUCAAGAAAGGAUGGUACCAUUGACUUUCGUUCUUAUCCACCACAGCAAAGGUGUCGAAGACUGCAACAUGAAAUUGAAAAUAUUGAAAAAGAAAUCGCGAAAAAUCAACAGAGUCGUGAAGGUGCUGCGAAAAUGUUGCAAGUUUAUAAAGACAAUCCAAAAUUAGGUAAUGCAAGUGAUGUGGAUUCAGAAAUUAUAGUUUAUACGAAGAAAUGUGAAGUUCUAAACCAACAACUAGCAAAGUAUAAAGCAAUGUUGUCAGAAGCGCAAACCGAACUGAAUAUACCGAUAUCAGUUAUCGGAUCAGAACCUCCAACGAGACCACCUCCUCCGUGUCAGUCAGGAUUGAGUACGCCUUCACAGUCCUCUCCACGUCAAAUAGCAACCCCGAAUACUACAAUUAAUAUUCAUCGUUCAUCUUAUUCAGAAGAGUCGAUUUCGUCUGAUGGUUCAAUUCCUAUCACUGGUCAUCAGAAAGCAACUUCACCCGAACCCACAAAAAAAGCAACAAUAGUGGAAAAAUCAGAAGUGUACGAAGAAUGCGACAUGCCGGCGUUAGGCACUUGCACUGCAUUAUAUGCAUUUGAAGGUGGCAGUGAGGGAACAAUGGCCAUGGAAGAAGGCGAUGAAAUGAUAUUGUUAGAGCGAGAUGAAGGAGAUGGUUGGACUCGAGUUAGGCAUGUUUCGUCGGCGCGUGAGGGUUUCGUCCCUACAUCUUACUUGCACUGUAGGUGGUAUCCUGAUUAG